AGUCCACGAGUCGCAUUUUACUCUCAGUGAUCGCUUCUACUGGCACUAUCUCUCACUAUGAGCGGCACCAUCAUCAGAGCCAAUUGGGACAACGGCCAACACACCCAACACUUCGUUGCCGUCACUCCCCUCGGCGAUGAGAUCAUUCUCUACACCACCGACGCCGACACCAUCUCCCCCACUGUGUCUCGCGGUGGCUUUGACAAUAUCCUGUGUUCCACCUACUCCCAAUUCCAACAUGGAUUCACUGCCGUUGGCCAAAUCAACGGUACCGUCGGCGUAUUGGAUAUGACCGACAACUCCUCCACCGUUAUACGUCUCCGCCCCAAACAGAGUAGGCCGUGCAACGCGGUUUCGUUCAGUCAUUCGCUUGUGGCAGCAGCUUUCGAUAAAGGCCGACAAGAUACAAGUCUUCAAAUCUGGAGCCUCGACAGCGAGUCCCGCCAGAUGCCGGUCCACAGCUACGUUCCCAAUGAGGCGGUGUUAUCGGCACUUUUCUACCCUGAUCGCCCCGACCAUUUGCUUUGUGGCAGCUAUAAGUACUUGCGAGAAUUCGACAUUCGUGCUGAAGUUCCAGCUUUCCAAUUAGCGGCAAAGUGCACCCUCGACCUAGCGGUGGACCCGUUCCAGCCCCAUAACUUUCUGUCGCUGGGCGAAGACGGACUGUUGGCGCUCUGGGACCGGCGGAUGUUGACCCGCAAGAAUCGAGAGCUGCCGGUGCUACAGUUCAAUAAGUUACUAGACACCUCGAGGAAGAAUGCCCGGCCGUGCUUGCGGUACUCGCCGGUGCGGCGGGGUGAGUUCUCAUCCAUCUUUAACGGCGAGUUGAUCCGACGUUGGCACACGGGCGUGGCCCAAUCGGCUCAGUUGUACCGCCCCGACCAUGAUAGCCUUUUCGUCAGUCUCGUGCUCGACGUAAAGGCAGACUACUCCCGUGUCAUUUCGUUCGACUACUCUCCCGAUGCCCGUGCUGCCACCUCCACCUCUUUUGUGUGUAUGCGGCAGAGUGGGUCGGUGUUUCGAAUGCCGGCCGUUGAGUGCAUUGAGUCGCUUGACUUCAACUCCAAUAACGAAUUCUCCAUAGUGGGUCCAGAAGGAGCUUUCACGCGGUUUUUGGACGAGCCAGCUCCAGGACCACCGUCUCGUGCUAAUGAUUUACUGCUUAGUGCUGACUUGAACCGGUUCCGGGAAGAAAACACCCCUCCUGUUGUAGACGGUGACGAAAACACCGAAAUCGACGAUGAAAACACCGAUAACAUCGAAAACGGCCAUGACCUCAACGACCACGCCGCCGUGUGGAAUAUGCUUGGCACCUCGGACAUGCUCCGCAACGAUAUCUGUUGGACCAUACGCCGUAGAGCCGUGUUGGGCUAUAGCCACGACUGCGAGCUCAAUAUUCGGGUUCUUGAGUCCAUUGACGAUAUCGACAAUCAACUAGCUCUCCGAAACACCUGGAAAUGGUUGAGUCUCGCCAAAAAGUCUCUAGACAAGGGAACAAUGGUGUCACAUGGGGUGGAUCUUGGGUUUCUUGGGGUCAUAGGUAUAUGGAAUGGGAUAGAAAAGUUGACCAACCCCAAACGGUUCAACACAGACGGACCGCUCCUGGAACAAUUUUUUGCCCAAACCAUCAAGGCCAUUGUUCUGUCAAAAGGCAAGAAGGCUGCAGCCAUUCACAUUCCUAGUGCCAGUGAACAUAAAGCCCAAAGAAAGCUUUGUUUGAUUGUGCUGGGAUGGUAUUUCAGCGACGAGGAGUUUGAUGAACGACUCGAGAUCCUCGUGUCUCUUGGGUUCUAUGAAAAGGCAGCUGGUUGGGCGGUGUUCCACGGUCACAUUGACCGGGCAGUUUCUAUUUUGUCACUGUCGCCCAAAGAACGACUUCGGAUCAUCGCCACCGCCGUGGCUGCUUAUUUGGCCUACAGAGACUCCAACGUCAAUAGUCCGUGGAAAGAUCAGUGCCGGAAAAUGGCCCUGGAGUUGGAUAAUCCAUACCUUAGGGCCAUAUUUGCGUUCAUUGCCGAUAAUGACUGGUGGGACGUGUUGGAUGAGCACAGUUUGCCGUUGAGAGAACGGCUUGGAGUGGCCCUUCGGUUCCUUUCCGACAAGGACUUGACGGUCUACUUGCAUCGUCUUGCCGACUAUGUGGUAACUAAAGGAGAGUUGGAAGGGUUGAUGUUAACGGGAAUCACUGGGCGUGGAGUCGACUUGCUCCAGCUGUACGUUGAUCGUACCAGUGACGUGCAAACGGCUGCGUUGAUGGCCUCAUUUGGGUCUCCCCGGUAUCUUGUUGACAGGCGUAUCGACCACUGGAUCGAUUCGUACAGAGGCCUCCUUAACAGCUGGAGUCUUUUUAAGACCAGAGCCACCUUCGAUGUCCAUCGCACAAGACUCUCCCGAACCUCUACAGGUGUGCCUACCCUUUCGGCCGUUCCUAAACAGGUGUACCUCCAAUGUCCAAGGUGUUCCAAGAACCUUUCAACUAGGGGCCAGUCCAAACCCAAGCCCCAACUUCCACCACGCAGAGCCACUCGUAAUGAUACAAAUUCAUGUCCCCACUGUGGAGCACAACUUCCCCGGUGUUCGGUGUGUCUUCUUUCGCUUGGAACACCUGUGCCCUUUGAAACCCUGGUUACACCGGCAUCGGCGUCUCUCAUAGAGAACAGGUUCAGGGAAUGGUUCAGUUUCUGCUUGAGUUGCAACCACGGCUGCCAUGCAUUCCAUGCUGAGGAGUGGUUCGCUAAGCAUUAUGUUUGUCCAGUGCCAGAUUGCAGUUGUCAGUGUAACAGCUUAUAACCACGAAUGAACCAUUUAACCAUGCAUUUAAAAUUCAUCUGACCCACGCACCCAUGCACAAUGUACUAAUAGAACUAGAUCAUAUAAUAAUUCGCUAUUUAAUUAUCAUUCAUGUGUAGACUUCCUAAUCAAGAAAUAAUUGAGUUAA